UCACUUGUUCUUUUUACACAACAAAAACAGUAUCUUGUCUUUACAGUUUUUUGUCUGAAAAGAAGAAAAUGGCUACUGUAGGAAGAAACGCGGCAGCUCCUUUGUUGUUCCUUAACUUGAUCAUGUAUUUCAUUGUGUUGGGAUUUGCUAGUUGGUGUAUUAAUAGGUUUAUCAAUGGCCAAACUGCUCAUCCAAGUAUGGGUGGGAAUGGAGCAACAGGUUUCUUUUUAACCUUUUCCAUCUUGGCUGCUGUGGUGGGUAUAGUAUCAAAAUUUGCAGGUGGUCAUCAUAUUAGGUCAUGGAGAAGUGAUAGUUUGGCUGCAGCUGGUUCUUCUGCACUUAUUGCUUGGGCUCUAACUGCAUUAGCCUUUGGGUUUGCUUGUAAGCAUAUAAAUAUAGGAGGAUGGAGAGGAUGGAGGUUGAGGAUACUUGAAGCAUUCAUAAUAAUCCUUACAUUCACUCAACUUUUGUAUGUGUUGUUGAUCCAUGCCGGUGUGUUCAGCAGUCGGUACGGACCAGGGUAUCGAGAUUCCGACUAUGGGAUGCAUGCACCGGGGGAUGAACCAGGGCACAAGACCAGCACCGCUGUAACUGGAUCUAGGGUCUGAAAGGGACUAUAGUUUAAAACUAGCUAAAAUAUGUAAUUUGGUUUUGUUGUUGAUAGCGAGUAAUAAUCAGCUCGUUCCUUUUUCUAAAUUUAGUUAAUGUAAGUAUAGUUGGGGGUGAUCUUUUCAUCUUCCUUUGAUGUAUGUGAAGAUGAUACAGGGAUUUGCAGCUGAUCUGGUUUGUAAUGUUUCUGGUCUUUUCUAAUGAAACAUUUUCUGUGGCUUUUGUUUU